AUGAAUACGAAAGAAAAUGACAGCAGAAGCGAGACUUACGUCUCUUCUGGGGAAGGAGACCAAUCAGAUGGUAUAAACGGAAUGACAUUUCUCUACAUGGCACCUGAGUGCCUCACGUCCAAUGGCCACGGAAAGAGCGCUGAUGUCUUCUCCCUCGGCCUCGUCGGAGGCGAGAUACUCGAUUACAUCUUCUGGAGCGCUUAUCCAAAGUCCCGCAUCUCUGAAGUAGAGCGUCGACUGGAGGAGUAUAAUGCCGAUCUGCGAAAGACUGCUCAAUACAAGCCGCAACCGAUGACGAAAGAAGAAGAAGACUUUAGCAAGAACAUGUCGCGUGUCGGUGAGAUCAUUUCUGAGAAGCAUGCAAGACUGCUGUUUUCUAUUAUGACUGCGAAGAACCCGCGGAAGAGACCUACUGCGGAUCAAGUAUGGAGAUUUCUUAGGGGACGACGUUUUGAUGUCUUGCUUGGGCACCCGGAUGGUGAUGGAUAUCCUCCCACUUGUGGGAAAUGCUGCGAGUGA